AUGCGCCUCAUACUCCCCAUCUGCCUUUAUUUCCUACACCUAGUUCAGCUGGGGCGUGGCGAGAAUGAGGGACCGAGUUAUCAACCUGAGAGCAAAAGGCUCAACCCAGGGAUCGAGUCUUUAAUCAGGUUCAAACAGAAAACCCCCUCAGCUAUCAGACGCAGUGUGGGAGCCGUCGCCGCAAGUGCGAGCCCCUGCAACGAAGGGUUUGAGAAGCCCGAGUAUCGAUUUGCUCGGUUCCAGUUCAACAAGACGGCCACCGAAGCAGGGGAGAGGAGCAUGACACAUUUCCUAUUGCACGACUACGUCAAUGAGGAAUCUACGUCGUGCACAACGCCUUACUUACAGGAUCCGAAUGCGCCGACGUGGAAUAGAUGCGAGGGUAGUCCUGAAGAGGGAAAACCAAAGACUGUGUUCAAGUAUACGCCUGCGAGCAAUGAGCUUGAAAUCAACCAGUUGUGGGUGUGUGAAGCUGAGAAUAAGACGCAUCCCCAUCUUUAUUAUUCAUCAGGGAAAGUAGACCUUACAAAACUCCUGCAAUGCGUCGACGAUGACCCACAGACCAAGUGUACGGUCUUGGACGACACGGCCACCCCGUUCACCAGCGACUACGUAACUCCCGUCUGGAAAUCCGGUGACGUGGAGAUAAUACCACCCUCGAAGGAACCUGUCACGGAGACACCGUGGAACGAGACUCCUUGUGUCGGCCUCUCGUUUAGCUAUCCGGAUUGGGAUGUACAGGACUUUACUUACGAGGAAGGAGAGGCGAGCUUUCGCUUGAACAAUCAUGGCAACAAUGGAUCAGUGGCAUGCGCGGUCCAGGAGGGCGAUUGGUCUGACUGCGGCGAUAACUCGACAAGUGUACGGUACGUCGAGCAGACGGGGGAGCUUUCGGUCAACCAGACCUGGGUUUGUAAUGGAGGAGAAGAAUACCCACAUGACGUGACAUUCCGGGCCGUCGGCACAACAUCAAUCGGUAGUACCUCAACGGAGUCGACCUACAUCAAAGGAUCGCUCCUCGAGCCCAUCGAAAUGACCCCCCGCGUCUCUCCCGAAGGCGUCAACCACCCGAACUGCCUCGAGACAUCCGAGACCCCAUCAUGGACCGUCACCUCGUGGGUCUGGAACGAGAAGUUCCUGAACCAGUACAACACCGGCAACCUGACCGUCACAUUCUCCAACCCGGCGACCGGCUUCGAGACAAGGUGCAGCGGCAACGGGGAAGAGCUUAAACCGCGACGGCAGAUACGGCAACGACAGGUGAUGGGGGUGUGCUCUGGCUCGGACCCCAAAAGGGCCAAGUUCAAAGCCACCGGAUCCGCGCACACAACCCUAUCCUGCACCUGGACCAACGACAGCACGUCCAACCUCCGCACCAAAACCUGCACGCAGACCCUCCCCCCCCCUCGCCGUCCCCGGAACCGUCGAAACCCGCACCUCUCUCCUCCCCCCCCGGACACCUUCCUCGAGGUCGCCCCCUCAGGCCACAGCUGCACCACCGCCUCGCUCCUCGCGCCGCUCCUCCUCGCGCUCCGACGCCGUGUACGCGGCGCCCGCCCCCUUCUCCGCCGCGACGCGCGGCCGGGGAGGUGGUACGAGUGCAGGGAUUAUGAUGCGGGUGGUGGUGGUGGUGGUGGUGGUGGGGCGCCGACGUCGAGCUCGUGGGAGAGGAACAGUAUCGAGUGCAAGUGGCAGCUGGACCUGGCGACGGGGUAUUUUGCGGUGAACCAUACGUGGCUUUGCGAUGAUAAGGAUGCGGCGAAUCCGAUCGUCUUCAAAGCGGUGGGGAGCCGGUUCUACGACUUCUCGUGCUAUAUCGCCUGGGACGACGACGAGAUUGCGUGCGGUCCGACGGGGCUGGACGCGCCGCCUGUCUUGCCGACGUACUUGACGUGGGAGAGUGUGCCGGCUGCGGAGCUGAAGGGUUAUUAUACUGGUCUUUAA